UGUAAAUCACGGACUGCAGAUAGGCGAUAAUGGACAACGGGUUGAUUACUGCCAUCGGACAUCUAAUGAUAUCGCCUACAUAGGCUAGAUAGUGGCAGUGUCAUCAUGGGCAUUUGAAUAGUGUCAGCAUCAACUGGAAAACGUUUAAGUCUCUAAAUUCAACUAAACUUAAAUCGUUAAACAGGAGAGAACUGUGCCUCCAUCUCAACCCUGUCCAAAUCCGACCCCACAAAGCCAGUAUAAUACAUCACUGACUCACCAUGGGCGCAGUAUUAUCACUGUCCCCUGCAUCCAGGAAGAACAGCUACUACGACACGCGGCCCGGUUCCCUCAACCACUACCCGAGCCUGAGCAGCCGAUCGCUCAACACUCAGAAAGAUCACACCGGUGGCCUGAAACGGGGCCAGUCAAUCUUCCUCCCGGCGCUCACCUGGAAACGCCUGGUUGCCACCACCAAGAAACGAGGGAGCUCUAAGAAAUGUUCUGGGGGCCCGGGGUUGCUCGGAGACCCCCUCAACAACAACAACAACAUCUACCAGAAGGACCCGGUGUUGCAUCUCAACCAGGCGAAUGUCAAGAAAUCUCUAUCCUGUGCCAACCUCUCCAGCUACAACAGGCCAGCAGGACAAGGCCUGGGGAUAGGCUUCGGCCAGGGGCACUGUAGCUAUGAGAUGGGUAUUAAACCCCAGCAGCUACCCUCCGUCAAGAAGGUGCCCCAUCAAGGAAUGGGCGCUUCGUCCCCCAAGCGCGUCAUCAUCCAGGCGUCCACUAGUGAACUCCUCCGCUGUCUGGGUGAGUUCCUGUGUGGCCGCUGCUAUCGGCUGAAGCACCUCUCCCCGGCAGACCCGGUGCUGUGGCUGCGGGCGGUGGACCGCUCUCUACUCCUCCAGGGCUGGCAGGACCAGGCCUUCGUGACGCCGGCCAACGUAGUGUUUGUCUACAUGCUGUGUCGAAAUGUGGUGGAUGGGGACCUGGUGGCGUCGGAGCACGAGCUUCAGGCCACGCUGCUCACCUGCCUCUACCUUUCCUACUCCUACAUGGGCAACGAGAUCUCCUACCCACUGAAGCCUUUCCUGGUGGAGGCUGGCAAAGAGGCGUUCUGGGACCGAUGCCUUGCCAUCAUCGACACCACCAGCGCCAAGAUGCUGCGCAUCAACGCCGAUCCCCACUUCUUCACCCAGGUGUUUGCCGAGCUGAAGAGUGAGGGGGGCUGCGGCCCACAGGACUACAGCUGCAUACUGGACCGGUGAGAGGAGGGGUAGAGGGGUACAACCCGCCCCAAUCCCAAUCCCCAUGUCCCCCCCCCUCCCCCCUCUCUGCCA